AUGGCCAGCGACGGCGAGGGCUCGCGCUACGACCUGCCGCUCUGGUGCAGCGUCGCCUCGGGCACGGUCGGUGGCGCUUGCGCCGUCGUCGUGGGCUACCCCUUCGAGACCAUCAAGGUGCGGCUGCAGACGGGCGCGACGCAGCGCAUGUGGUCCCAGCUCUUCGCGGGCAUGGGCGCGCCGCUGGCGACCGUCACGCCGCAGUGGGCGGUCAUGUACGCGGCCUACUACAACGUCCAGAAAUACCUCGGCGACAAGGAGCUGGGCCCCGUCGCCCGGGGCGCCGUCUCGGGCGCGGCCUGCGGCUUCGCCGUGUCGUUCUGCGCGGUCCCCGUCGACGUCGUGAAGAUCAACGCCCAGAAGAUGCACGUGUCCGCCUACGAGUCCAUGCGCACGUUGUAUAAGCAGCGCGGUCUGAGGUUCGUCGCGCACGGCGGCGUCGCGACGAUCCUGCACCUGACGCUGUCGCAGAUGGCCUUCUUCGCGACCUACGAGUUCGUGCUGGACCGGUGGGAGCGGCCGCCGGCCCACGCGCCGGCCGUGGCCGGCGGGUUGAGCGGGCUCGUCGAGUGGACGCUGUUCAUGGCGACGGACACGGUCAAGACGCGCGUGCAGGCGGCGGCGCCGGGCGCGUCGUACGUAAACGCGUGGCGGACGCUCUGGCGGUCCGAGGGGCCGCGGGGCUUCUACCGGGGCUACGGGCCCGUCGUGCUGCGCGCCGUGCCCGUGAACGCGACGUCGUUCUUCGUCAUCGAGGCGGCGAACCGGCGCAUCCGCGAGUUUCGAGAAAGGCGGUAGUGGUGUGUGAGUAAGUUCUGUGGUCGACGCUGUUCCUCCGCGGCGGGCAGAGGCUGAGGCUGAGGCUAGUUACGUCGCAGGGUUCCCCGUACCCCUCCCGCUCCCCCCGGGCCCACCCGUCCGGCUGGACUGCAGAUUCCUAGUAUCUUUACAUAGGCGCUAGCUAAUCUUGCGAGAUACGGACGCCAACCAGAGCUCUGUGUGGGUAAGCUAGCCGGUGUCUCUGCAAAACGACGUGCAGCGCAGCUACUCGGGCCUCCCAAGGAAGCGCCUGCGGGACCCGGGUGCUGCACGGACGCGGCGUCGGCUCGGGCGCUGCUGCAACAAAGCUGCCAUUCUGCCGCCGUCUCGCCCCUUGAGCACGUCGACACCGCGCCAGAGCGGUGGCGCGGCGCCGGCGGCCGCACGGCGGAGGGGCAGAACGGGUUCGCGCGACCGGCGGCGGUUUCGCGCGCGAACGCCGCCUUCCGCGCAGGUGGGGAGCCAUGGAGAUCAUCCACGACGUGGACCAGCCGCGGCAGGAGACGCGGACGUGCCGCAUCUGCAACGAGGUGGGCCACCUCGCGCGCAACUGCCCGCAGGCGCCGCCGCGCGAGGAGACGCGCAAGUGCCACAUCUGCGGCGAGGUGGGCCACAUCGCGCGCUACUGCCCCGAGAACACGGGCGACGGCGGCGCCCGCCGCGAGACGCGGAAGUGCCACGUCUGCGGCGAGGUCGGCCACCUCGCGCGCAACUGCCCCAACGCCGAGGACGGCGGCGACUACGACGGCGGCGAGGGCGGCGGCGGCCGGCGCCGCAAGGGCGCCGGCGGGCGGCGCUGCUUCAACUGCGGCCAGGUCGGCCACCUCAGCGCGGACUGCGACCUGCCCGCUGGCAACACCGCCUGCUACAACUGCGGCCAGCAGGGCCACAAGUCGUCCGAGUGCCCGAACUAGGCGCUCACCGAGGCCGCGGGAGCUCUUCCCGGCGGCGCUUGACGAGGCGCGACGUCCUCGUGGGGGUAUACCUUAGAAGUGGCGACUAGAG